CAAACUUGAUCGGCGGUCGGUCUAACUUUGGACCGGAAAAUGUCUUUUUUCUUCGAAGCAGCGGUUCACUACCUGCUGCUCUUUCCCUUGAUCUGAUUUCCUGCAACAUCAGAUCGUUCCUCUUGAAACAACACGGAUAAUUGGAUUUUAGCUAAUCUAUAAUGGAACUUCACGAUCUUCUGGCACGAUGUUUGGUGAUGAUCGUUGCAGUGAUACGAAUUUCUACGAUCAGCUCAUGUCUUGGUACUGCAGUAUCAAAUGAAGUCCUUGCACCUUAUCUUGAUAAAUAUGUUGCAAAAUCCUACUUUAGCAAACAUGACAAUUUGGUAGACUCAAAGUUUGAAGAUUUCAUUGCACAUGACAUUCUGUCCGGCGCCUGUGUAUUGCUGCAAGACAAUGUCAAAUUAGCACCAAAGCUGUCUGCUUUACGUCGAAAGCUGAUUGGUGAAGGCUCCCACCGGCGUCUGUCAUCAUCUCUCAGAUUGAAGAUGUCAGCGGAGUACCUUUCUAGCCCUCCAAAAUCUUGUGAGGUGAUAAUUGUUGAAAGACUGCCUUCUGGAGUCUUUGCAGAUCCUUUUGAGCUACAACACCUUGUGCAGCGUGGUGUUCUUAGGGAGGCUGCUGUAUUUGGAGAUACAAAUUUAGAGUUACCCUCAUUUCGGUCAAACAGGUCACUUGUUGAGGUUCAUCUGAAAAUGGGUUCCAAUUUGAUAUCAGAACAAAAGGAUGAACAGGAAAUAUACAUGGAACUCCCUCUACAUGCACGUUAUCAGCCACUAGGACACGGAUUCUCAAGAGUUGAAUUUGCUUCACCUGACUUGUUUCUGCGCUGCAACGCUAAAGGAAAUCAACAUGCCUCGAGCUGUUUGUUUUCGCUAGGCAAACAGAGUGCCGAAUCAAAUGAUAGUCAUCCUGUGUGGGAAGUACCAUGCGGAAGUAGAGAACACAUGGAAGUUGUAUCUGCUUUUACUUUCAUCUCAGCUGUUUUAUCAGCUCUUCUUAUCAUUGUUGCCUCAGUUAGGUACUCUCAUGACACAGCGUGUAAUGCCUUGAAACUGCCGUGAAUAAUUAAAGACUUUAGCAAGCUUUUCUUUCCCCUUUCUGGACUAAUUAACCAUUGGCAAGAGAAACUCACUUGAUGUUAGGUAGACUGAUAACCUCCAUCAGUUAUAGCUGCUACUUAUCUAUGUUUUAAAAUGUUUUGUUUCUUUUGUCGUUAUUAAUUUCUUAGAUCAACUACAUUUGUGUUAAACUUUUUAGGUCAUGGGCAACUUCCCAUAAGAUAGUAGCUCUAAUACCUGCUUUCACCUUUGUCCUGGAUUUCCUUGCAUAUAUGGUAACUCGUUAGCUUCGUGAUUCAUCUGGAUUAGUUCAUCUCAGUUUUUUUGUUUCUUCCUUACAUAAAGCUGAAUGCUGUUUCGCGGCAUUACACGCUGUGUCACCAGAAUACCAAAUUGAGGCAACAAUGAUGAGAAGAACUGAUACAACAGCUGAGAUGAAUGCUGUGAAACAGCCGUGAAUAAUUAAUAACUUUGGCAAGGUAUUCUUUCCCCUUUCUGGACUAAUCAUUGGCAAGAGAAAUUCACUUGAUGUUAGGUAAACUUAUAACUUCCAUCAGUUAUAGCUGCUGCUUACCUGUGUUUUAAAAUGUUUUGUUGCUUUUGUCAUUACUAAUUUCUUUGAUCAACUCCUUGCAAGGAUAGUGCAUAGUAAAUUUUUUA